AUGGCCACCGACCCAGACGGCGACUCUCAAAUGGCCUCCUCCCCGGAAUCAUCCCACGGCCUCUCCGAAGACUCUCACCCGGGUACCCGCACCCCAACCAACAAGCUCACCAACCCGCGUCCUCCUCCCUUCGGCGGCUCAGAACUCUCCCCGCCAGGCUCUCAAACACAAACCGCUACUCUGAACACCCAGGGACAGAUGGCCUUCGACCAGAGCCUAAUUGACUCUCCGCUCGCGACGCAGACAACUCAGCAGGUACAGCAACAGCAACAGCAGGCACAGCAGAUGGAUGCGCCGGGUGCGGCGUGGAUGAAUAAAAGGGCAGAGGAGGAGUAUCAGCGCGCGAUGGAGUUCGUGGUUGAUCAUGAUUUCAAUCUGGAUGAAUUCGGAGAUCCGUUUGAUGAGAGGGAUGUUGAGGAGAAGUUGUUUUGA